AUGAGAGUCGCCGCUGCCCUCACCCUUGCUCUGACUCUCAUCGGCGCUGAGGUCGCGUCGACCCCCGUGCCAAGAGCUGCGUCCAAGACGGUCGUCAUCUUCGGCGACAGCCAGUCGGACAACUGCAAUGUCUGGCGCAGUCAGGGUGGCUCAUCGGCGGCGGCGCAGUACCCGUGGCCUAGCUGUCCGAGCCCACCGACCGGACGCGCAAUGGCCGCCCCCGUCUGGGGCGAGCGCCUCAAGAGCCAGAACCCCUCGUGGGACGUUCAGAUCUUUGCUCAGAGGGGCUCCGUCGCCGACAACAACCACUUCACGACGACGUCGAGCCCGCCCGACUUGGCGGCUCAGGUGCGCCUCUACUUUACUCAGUACGGAGGCCGGAGUUACCAGGCCAAGAUCAUCACUCCAGCUGCAUCGACGUGGGCUGUCACCCAGUUGGCUGGAGGCAACGACAUCGAGUCGGCCAUCACGGACAGCAGGGGCACAGUUGCCAAUGACAUCUCCGCCCUGCGCACCCAAUACCAACUGCUCAUGAACGCUGGCUUCCGCAACUUUGUCCAGUUCGACAUGUACGACUACUCGACCAACCCUCACUGGCGCAGUUCGAGCCGCAAGAGCGAUGUAGUGACGUAUGUCAACAACUACAACUCGCAGCUCAAGACUCUCGUCAACCAGCUCAACAGUCGAGGCCAAGGCACGGUGAAGAUCUUCCCCUUCAGCUCCCUCGUCAAGUCUAUUCAGAGCAACCCUGGCCAGUAUGGCAUCAAGAACACCAAAGACGAAUGCGAGAACUUGAGCAGCUGCAGUGGCUACCUCUGGUACGACGAUCGCCACUUUGCGACGGACAUUGAGCCCAUCAUUGCACAGCAUGUGGCAAGCUACACGUCUUGA